AUGAAUAUUAGAGAUGAAAUUUCAGAGCGAGAUAAACUCAUUCUUAUCUUAUGGUAUUUAUAUCGCUUAACGUCCACUACGGGGUUACGACCCCAGGUUUAUCACUCGCCUUUCGUCGCAUCGGGCCCACCAGUCCGCUGGGGACAGACUCGCUUCGAUCUCCAAGGUGCUUCUAGGGCAAAUGUCCACGUCUUCGACGGCUCAUGGAUGAGCUACUUGCUUGUACAUGGGUUGCUUUUUCCGAAAAAACCCAAAAAAAUGGAUUUUUCUGGUCGGCUAUCGGCAAAAAGGAAAAAUGCAAAGCCUGGGACGUAACGCCCAGUUUCACGCUAGGGAGUUGCCCGAAUGGUCCAGAGGACUUUGCUGGGCUUCCCCUUUCCAACCUUGCACCCUCCUUUCCCCACGAGAGAAAAAUCCACCCCUAAGAACAGACUAGGGCUAGGCUCUGAAAGCUACCAGAAUUGCUUACCUAGCAUUGCAGUCCAUCUCUGAAAUGGUAAAAACUUGCCGGAUAUAAUUAAAAUAUGAGUCGAGUAUGUAUGGCCGGGAGGCCAUACCAAGACGAAGACGCCAUAUUUUAAUUAUGAGAUAAACUCAUUCAAUUUCUCAGAGAAGAAUAUGUCAGGGCUGCAGGACAUGACAUAAAUAUCCCAUUUCAAUGGGAAAAAAUUGCAGGUCCUCCGAUAGCAUUAGCUGAAAACAUUGAAAGUCUUGUAAAAGAGCAAACAUUUCUUGACGCGGUUAGAAGCCUUGAUCUUCCAAAAUUAACAAAAGAAGAUAAAUUCGGCGGCCCUAAGAAAAAAGCCCUAAAUCAAAGCCAAGCCCAACUCGCAUCAAAAGUAAGUCUCUGUGGGUAUGCUGGGAAAAACCUUACAAAAGAAAAUUUUGGAAAUUUUGUUACUGGAGUAAAAAGGUUACCUAAUCUCAACAUUAUUGAGCUCUCAGGAAAUGGCUUAAGUGACACUUUUCAAAUAGAAUUAGAAGAAUUGCUUUUGUGUAAAAAAAUCAAAAGAAUUAAUUUAUCAAAUAAUGACUUAGGAAGAGCUUUUACCUCGAAAUUUGUCGAUAUUUUAAAAGCAGAAGACUCACAUUAUGAAUGGAUUGAGUAAGUUUUAUAUAGUGUUUCCUCUAACCCUUUAUCAGCAGACAGCACAGCAAUUAUAAACUUUUCUCAAGCUCUACGAAAGCAUCCGAAUUUAUAUCAUUUUUCUAUCAGUGUUGAAGGGAAUUCUUCAGAAUAUAUAGCAAGAGCUGUGGUUGCAAAUAAAAUAAUUACAUCUGUGGCACUGCCUCACUCAAAACUAACUGAAAACUGUAUUGAGACAUUAUGUACGGGCUUGAGUUCGAAGCGGCAAGUUUCAAAUAUUUCUGCGCUGAAUUUUUCCCAUUGCUUUUUAGGGGCAAGACAAAUGCUUUUGCUUGCUGAUAUGCUGAAGCAUAAUAGGACACUUGUUAAGCUAGAUUUAAGCUAUAACGGACUCAUUUCUAACGUAGCUCGAUAUUUAGCUGACAGUUUGAGGUUCAACUCGUCCCUGCAUAUUUUGUAUCUGCAAUAUAAUGACCUUGACGAUAUUUUCUGUGAAAAUUUGGCGGAAUCGUUGAAAAGAAACUCCACAUUAUUUGAGUGCGACCUAUCAGGAAACCCGUUCACUGAAAGAGGUGCAAACAGAUUGAUAGAAAUAAUGGGGUCUUAUAAUCAUACUAUUUCUACAUUUGGAUUGCUAGAUACUAAUGAGCAUUUAGGAGUAAACGUCAGAGAGCAGCUGAAAAACAACACAGGGUUUAAUAGGGGAAAUUAUGUCUUAUUGAAGCCAAUUGAAGAGACAAAUCCUUAUGGGUAUAUUGAAGAACUGCCAUGGAAUUUAAAUGAUGCUGCUCAUUUUUAA